CUCUCUCUCUCUCCCUCUCUCGCACUCUGCCUCUCCUCAAAGGCUGUUCCACAGCGGAAAAUAUGCUCAGUGCAGCUGAGUGCAUGCAGGAAAAUACCUCCGGUAGCUUCUAAGCUAACACAAUGCAGCACAACGUUCAACUUACGGUUGCCUUCAUCCUCUGCCAGGUGCUGCUCCCUACAUACACAAAGGAUUUAGAAUGCAUUCCGGGAUUUCAGCAAAAGGUUUUUCACGUUGAACAUUCGUCCGCAUUCACAGUGGGCCAACCAAUUCUGAAUUUGGUAUUUGAUGACUGUCAAGAAAAUCACAAAUUGAACUUUGAAGUUUCCAGCCCAGACUUCAAAGUGGAACCCAAUGGAGCUUUAGUUGCACUGAGAAAUCUAUCAGAUGCUGAGAGUACUUUAGUCAUCCAUGCACAGUCAGCCUGGGCAGAAGAUACAGUGGAGGUAUUGAUUGUUGGCAGAAAAGAAAAAUCUGGUUCUUUAAAGGAGCUCCUUAAACCAGAAGAUGGCCUUGGAAGCAUACGGCAAAGAAGGUCCAUUGUUGCACCUUCAAUCUUAAUUCCUGAAAAUCAGAGACCCCCCUUUCCAAAACUUGUAGGCAAGGUGAUAGACAUUGACCGGCCGGAGGGUUCAAAGUUUCGAAUUUUGGGGAAAGGAGUAGAACAGGAGCCAAAGGGAGUUUUCAAAAUCAUUGAGGGAACAGGAGAGGUCUUCGUAACACAACAACUUGAUAGAGAAGCCAUUGCUGCAUAUGAGGUGAAGCUGGAGAUCAGUCCAAAGCCUUUAGAACAUUUUUGUUCUCAUCUCCUCUCUACUUGCCAGAUAU